AUGGAGAUACUAAACACCUUCAUCUCCACGCUUAUGGAUAAUGACUCUGAGCUGCGUAGAAGAGCCCCUGAGGACAACGAAGACUACGACUCUGAGCUCCCAAGAGCCCCCGAGGAGCAGCGUGGCUACGUACUGACGGUCUCACGGAGGAGUUAUGGGGACCAUGUGCAGCACUUCAAGGUGCUCCAGGACAGGUCAGGACAGUACUUUGUUUGGGAGGAGAUGUUCUUCUCUCUGAACCAGAUGCUCCCCACCACGCCCACGCUCUGUUUGACUUCACCCCCACCACCCUCCCAGCUACGCUUCCUCCGCGGUGAUAUCAUCGACCUGCUCGACUGUUCCGAUUCGCUGCGCUGGAGAGGCCGUUGUCAUGGACGCGUCGGAUUCUUCCCCCGGAGUAUGUCCAGGCCGUCUACCAAUGACCCCGCCCCAUCUACAACGGACCCCGCCCCAUCUACAGCGAACCCCACCCCCAUCUACCAAUGA